AUGACCCAUCCCACAAAGGCCAUUUACAAGUGGCUCAUUCAAGACAGUGUCCGAGUUGGAAACACCUCGUCCAACCCGACAUCACAGCCGGUCUACACGGAAGCAGACCAUCUCAACACCUUUCCUCAAAUCGAGGCCAUCGAUUACCACACCACACACACCAUCUCCUCUAUCCGUAUUACGCCUUAUCCUGCUGGUCAUGUCCUCGGAGCCGCCAUGUUCCUCAUCGAGAUUGCAGGUCUCAAAAUCUUCUUCACCGGAGACUACUCCCGAGAGCAAGAUAGACAUUUGGUCUCAGCAGAAGUUCCCAAGGGCGUCAAUAUCGAUGUCCUCAUCACCGAGUCGACAUACGGCAUUGCAUCCCACGUACCCCGCCUUGAGCGCGAGCAGGCUUUGAUGAAGUCCAUCACCAGCAUCCUUAAUCGCGGAGGCAGGGUCCUGAUGCCCGUCUUCGCCCUCGGUAGAGCCCAGGAGCUUCUGCUCAUCCUGGACGAGUACUGGGGCAAGCACGCAGAUUUCCAACGAUUUCCAAUCUACUACGCCAGUAACCUCGCCAGGAAGUGCAUGGUCGUCUACCAGACCUACGUCGGCGCCAUGAACGACAACAUCAAGCGCCUCUUCCGCGAGCGCAUGGCUGAGGCCGAGGCCUCGGGCGACGGCUCCGGCAAGGGCGGGCCCUGGGAUUUCAAGUACAUCCGCUCCCUCAAGAACCUCGACCGCUUCGACGACGUCGGCGGCUGCGUCAUGCUGGCCAGUCCCGGUAUGCUGCAGAACGGCGUGAGCAGAGAGCUCCUCGAGAGAUGGGCCCCCAACGACAAGAACGGUGUGAUCAUCACCGGUUACAGCGUCGAGGGCACCAUGGCCAAGCAAAUCAUGCAGGAGCCCGACCAGAUUCAGGCCGUCAUGAGCCGGACGAUGGCUGGUGCUCGACGCGGUCCCGGCGGGGAAAGCGAAAAGGUCUUCAUCCCCCGUCGGUGCAGCGUCGCCGAGUACUCCUUUGCAGCUCACGUUGACGGCACGGAGAACCGUGAGUUUAUCGAGGAGGUUGCGGCUCCCGUGGUAAUCCUCGUCCACGGUGAACAACACAACAUGAUGCGUCUCAAAUCCAAGCUCCUCUCCCUCAACGCAAGCAAGACGGCCAAAGUUAAGGUCUUUAGCCCCAAAAACUGCGAAGAGCUCCGCAUCCCCUUCAAGCAGGACAAGACGGCCAAAGUCGUCGGCAAGCUCGCCACCAUCCCUCCCCCGACAUCCCUCUCCGACCCCACCUCCCUACCGCAGCAGCUCGUCACCGGCGUCCUCGUCCAAAACGACUUCAAGCUCUCCCUCAUGGCGCCCGAGGACCUGCGCGAGUACGCCGGCCUCAACACCACCACAAUCACCUGCAAGCAGCGCCUCCGCCUCACGGCCGCCGGCGUCGACCUCGUACGCUGGGGUCUCGAGGGCGUCUUUGGCAGCGUCGAGGAGCUCCCCGAGAUGCGCAAGGGUCACCCGGCCCACGAUGGCGGCAAGGCGGCUGUCGACGGUGCGGUCGUCGCCAACGGCAACAACGGAAACGGAAACGGGGCCGAGAAAGGCGAAGGCGAUGACGAAGACCAGGAGAUGGCCGAGGAGGCGGCCGACGAGGAAGUCGCUCGCCUCGUGGCCGCGUACCUGGUCAUGGGCUGCGUCGCCGUGCGGUACCGCAGCGACGGAGAGGUCGAGCUCGAGUGGGAGGGCAACAUGCUCAACGACGGUAUCGCCGACGCUGUCAUGGCGUGUCUGUUCUCCAUCGAGAGCAGUCCCGCAGCAGUAAAACGUUCCGCGGCCUCCCACAGCCACGACCACGACCACGCCCCCAAACCCCUCCCCAAAAACCCCCACGCAAACGUCCCAGCCACAGAACGCCUCGAGCGCUUCCUCAUGUUCCUCGAAGCCCAAUUCGGCGCCGACAACGUUAACCCUGUCGCCGAGCCCCGUCUCCCGCCGCAGCCCGAGGACGAGGCCGCCGCAGCUACCAAGGCAAUCAAAGCCGACGACGCCAGCGACGCGUCCAUGGACGUGUCCGAGGACGACGAGGAGGCGGAGCAGGAGAAGAAGCUCGAGGCGCGGCGCCGCGCAGAGAUUGAGCGCCUCAUCAAGCUCGGCAUCCCCGUGCCGGGCAUCCGUAUCAAGGUCGACAAGAUGGAGGCUGUCGUGUGGUUGGAGGAUCUCGAGGUGGAGUGCAGUCACAAGGCUUUUGCUGAUCGUGUGAGACGUGUUUGCGAGCACGCCGCCGAGGUCACGGCUCCGCUUUGGGGUUAA